UUAAAAUGUAUCAAUUCUUUGGCAUAUCACGUGACCGCCAUGGUGCUUCGCUUUAGGGAGGGAGUAACGCCAGCUGUAUUCUGGACUCGCAGUCCAGUGCUUGCAUUCCUCCCUAUGAUUCCUCCGUUCAUCAAAGGCUGAAAGAAAGGGGGAAAUCAUAAAUAAUAACAGGCAGACGGACUGAACGGAUACGAAUGUCGAUUCGCGCAUACUAGGCCAAGAGGCGAAGCAGAAGCUCUGGAAUACCAUUAUCCCUAAUGUUGGCUAAGGUCCGCGGAUCCGACGAGACGUGACUGAUUUUGCUUUUUGAUUUCGCGUAAACAGAUAAGGAAAGAGACUACGAACGAACGUCCUUUUUUCUUUUAAAAAGGAACACAAGAUGGCUGAUGACAGAAACCGAUAACGAGGACCAAACGGCGCCGUCCCCUUUAAGACUAAAAAGGUUUAUGAAGCUCACAUUUUUGUAAGUUUAAUGUCAUAGUCGGACAGGUUAAAGUUAGCCUUUAGUAGUCAUGGUGACAUUAUGCUGUAAUACAGAGUAGUUUAGUGCGCGAAGGAUAGAUGAAUAGGUUGGGACUAGUUUUUUUUGUAUGUUGCCCACGUUGAACUGAACAUACGAUAGUAUUAUCUGAACAUAAACGAAGGAUAAUGUUCUGCUCUGCGAGUGUUUCAUGGCUAAUCUGAAUUAGCAGCAUAUGCUACAUUGGCAGGCUGUAAGGUUAAUGGCAGAGUGACCAAAAAUUCAAUGAUGGCAUACAGCCUACAUAGCUAUGCAUAACUUGUGCGCUUACGAAGUAGGCUACUUUCCUUUAUUUAUUGUUAAUAAGCAUAAUGGGGGGCGUGUUAUUAUUAUUUAACAAUAGACUUUAGACCAAUGGCUAUUUUGUGUUUUAUAGCACAUGUAACAAUAGACUGGUGACCAAUAGUUAUUUUAAUCUAUUAUGUAGCAUAUGGCCUUGUUCGACUAUUGUGUUUCUAGACUUGACAUUUAAACCAGUUUAACCGUUUUGUUUUUUAUCGUGUGGUGUUGUUUUGAUAGUAUUCGACAACUGUAGAGCGAAAGGUAGUCUUGGCUGCAUGUAAUAUCACCUAUAGCCUUGGCUUUAUAGAAUGAAACCCUGCUUCCUUUCCGAUGAGUAGCCUGUUUGUCGAAUGUGAAAAACAUUUUAUGACAUUUCCGUCACCAUGUAUUUAUGACGUUCUCGUCACAAGUCUAUCCAGAUUCGCUUACUUACGCACACAUGGCAUGCUUGUCAAAGUGAUCUUGGUAAGCGUGCGCACGUAGAACUGUUGAUGUAUUUUUGAUGUGCCAUGUUUAAGCAUAGGCCUAUACAGUAAAACGUUGAGAAAGCUAGUGUUCGUUAGGUUAAAUGCGGUGUUUGGUUGGUAACUUAGACCAUGGUUUAGUGGAGAAGGUUCACACCUUGUCCUCUUACUUGCCUACUAUCAUUACAAGAGAGGCGAACAGGAGAUGAGAUAGGAAGACGCGUUGAUCCGUAUCCCUGUCAUUAUUUUUAACAUUGGAAUCACUACACCAAAGCGUUAUCGAGAUUUUUACGUUGUGCCUUGGUAUUGAAGCGUCAGCCUACUAAUCGACUUUUACCAAUAGCCGUUGGCGAUAUUUGCUUUGCGUCAUUUCUUUUGCCUUUCAGCCUUUUAAUUAGCAUUGGUCAAAACAGAGUAGGCUGUGUCUGGGUUACCUAAACCCGGCCCUUAUCCAGCUCUGGUUUUGACUUGGAAUUGUAACUUUUUGACUAGUUGGUGCUGUUGUUUUGGUAAAACCAUUUUGGUCUACCAAACCAAGACGACAAAGGUGUCAUAAAAAAGUCACAGUCACUGGAAUUCACUACUACAACUGCUAACGUUACAUCAAAUACGAUGGUUUAAUGUACGGACAUGACUGACAACCGUCAUCCUUCAGUCCAUCCAUCCACAAUUGGUCUGGCUUUUGGGAGCGUUUCUGGAGUCUGUAAGGAGUGCAAUGCCAUACUAAAACCCCAGAGAUUUAUUGAGUAAUUUGAGAUUAAAAGGGGAACGAAGCCAAAUGAUGACUAUGGCGGAAAACUGGAAAAACUCUUUUGAGGAGGAGCUCAUCUGCCCUAUAUGUUUGCACGUAUUCUCAGAGCCAAUCCAACUACAAUGCAAACACAACUUUUGUAGAGGAUGCAUCAAUGAAGCUUGGUCCAAAGAUACAAGCGUGGUGCGAUGUCCGGAGUGCAACCAUGCCUACAGCCAGAAGCCGAGUUUGGAGAAGAACCACAAACUGUCAAAUAUUGUUGAAAAAUUCAAUGCUAUAAACGUGGAGAAAGCACCCACUGUACUCCACUGCAUCCUUUGUCGACGAGGACCUCCAAUGCCGGCGCAAAAAGUUUGCCUCCGGUGUAACGCACCUUGCUGCCAGUCGCAUGUACAGACACAUCUGCAGCAGCCGUCGUCCAAUCCCGGUCAUCUACUGGUCGAGGUAGAGGAUGUGAAGGCUUGGACUUGCCCCCAACACGACGAAUACAGACUGUAUCACUGCGAAACGGAGCAGGUGGCAGUCUGCCAGUACUGCUGUUUCUCCAGGUGUGCUGCCAAUCAUGGACACGCCAUGUGUGAUAUUGACGUGAGACGACAUGACAUCAGGCAAAUGUUGAUGAAACAGCAGGAGCGUUUGGAUGAUCGUUCGCAGGACAUCGAAGAACAGCUCUACAAACUGGAAACAGACAAGUGUCUGGUGGAGAGCAAGGUGGAGCGUCUAAAGCAGGAGGUGCAGCUGCAGUACCAGAAGAUGCAGCAGCUCCUGGAGGACGACCUGGCGAAGACGGUGGCGGCGUUGGACAAGGCCCACGCCCGCUUCUGCCAGGAGAACUCUGCCCAGUGCCUGCAGCUGCGCCAGCGGCAGCAGGACGCCCACAAGCUGCUCCAGACCGCCCAGGCCCUCUUCGACAAAGCCGAAGACAUCAACUUCAUGAAGACUACAAAAUCAGUGAAGAUUCUAAUGGACAGGUCGCAGUCAUGCGUGGGCACCGCCCUACCUCCCCACAAAGUGGGCAGCCUCAGCUCCAAGCUCUUUCUGACCGAGAUCUCCAAGAAGGAGAAGAACCUUCGGAAAAUGCUAGAAGUCCCCUUCUCUGCUCCUGCUGGUUUCCUGCAGUCGGUGCCAGCGUAUGUCUGUGGCGUGAGCAGCUCUGGAGUUGAGAAGCGCAGGCACUCCUCCGCCUUCCCAGAGGGCAGUGGGAGUGGCCGGGACCCAUCUUCCUCCUCCUCGUCCUCAUCUUCCAGCUCUGCUGCCAAACAGUCCUUCAUGGGGCCCCCUCUUCCAGAGCCCCACUCCUCUCAGCCCGGGGCUGGGGCCUGUGGGUCUGCCCAGCAGCAGGGCGGCAGGGGCUCGGUCGGGGGUGCCGGCGGCGGCGGAGGCUCGCAGCCCCUCCACCACCCCGGCUCGGUCUUCCCUUCCUCGCACUACCCCAGCGGUGGCAGCGGUGGGGGCGCCAGCUCCCAGCAGGCCGUGCUGCCCCAGUACGGCGGCCGUAAGAUCCUCAUGUGCACAGUGGACAACUGCUACUGCUCAGGCGUUCCCUCCGUGUCCGGCCACCGCUCCCACCCGCCUUACCCGCGCUCUGGAAGCUUCCCCUGGGCCGUGAGCCCGCGUGACUACCCCCCGGCCCUGCCCCCCACCCCCUCGAUGCCCGUGCGCGAUUGGAUUGAAGCUUCCCAGACGCACCGCCACCCUGACUUCUACAGCCUCUACGGACAGGCCUCCACCAAGCACUAUGUCACCAGCUAACCCACGCUAACCCACGCUAACACACCUUGGCCACGGAUCCUCUUAGAUACGCCUCUGUGGUCAACCCAGCCCCAACUUCAGCUCCUGAACAUCUUCAGCGUCACCUAUUUUUUCAAGCUAAAAUCAAUCUCACUAAAACACUCAUGCUAUUUGAACUGAAAUAAAUACUAACUGCACACUGUCUGCGUCCAGGUCUGCUUGAUACUGUGGCUUACGGGAACUGCGGGGUUUUGCUUCGUUUCGUUCCUCUUUUAAUGAGCAUCAUGUUGAAAUCUGAGAUGUGUAUUUCACACCUAUAGUGCAUGUGGAAGCACUGUAAUCGACGAUGCGUCUUGUAUCUAUGUUCCAAGAAGGUUUUCAUUUCAGGUGUUAUAUUUAUUACUGCAGAAGCUGGAAGACAUGCAAUAACUAAAAUACAGGUUUUGUUUCGUGUAUGACCGCUGAUAGAGCAAGUCCAUGCAUGAGCCUGAUUUAAUAGUGUGCUUUUAAAAACGAUUCUUUUAUACAACUUCUGUUACAUUUGUUCCAGUUAAGUAUACUCCCGUGACUCAAGGUAAAUGCCACAGCUGCUUUUGUCAGGUUAGGAGCGCUUCCUGCGCAGGUGAAUUCACCCAACAUGGAACUCCCACCCAUUGCUCUGCAGUUCAUGGAGAGACUUCAUGAGAGUUCAGUCAUUUUCUAUCUCCUCAGCUGUUUUAGAGAAGUCACUGGCAGCCUGCAGAGGCUCACGCGCGCCCAUCUCUUCCUAUGCAGGACCAUGGCUAAAGGAGCCCCGCGGCGUCAGCACUUUCACACAGAAACAUGGUGGAGACGCCAUUUCUUUGAUUUCUACAUUAUGAAAUCCUUCUUUCCCUCCGGUAUUUUAUUAACUUUAUUAAUUUAUAUUUUGAUGAAGAUCUUCACAUUUUCUUGUGCUGCCUGAGGAGGUCUUCUCCUCCAUUCUUGGCUGGAGGCUGCAGGGUUUGCAAAUUCCUGGCCUUUACUGGCUCCCCACAAAGCCCCACCCAGCAGAAUAAAAAAAGCAAGAGAGAGGGAAAACCAUCUGAUGCCAGACAAGUAACCUCAUCUCUCUCUUUAGCUCCACUAGACCAUAGGGAGAAGUGCUUCCUUUCCGAGCAUUCCACCCGCCGCAGACUGGACAAGAGGCUCCAGAUGGAUACCCCACAUACCCCAUGAAUACCCCACAUACCCCAUGGAUACCCCACAUACCCCAUGGAUACCUCACAUACCCCAUGGACACUCACACCAACUCCAAACUCCAGAGAUCUGGCCAGAUCUGAGUCUGAGUUGAGUCUAGAUGAUCUUCGUUCAGGAAACCAACAUGGUCCCCACAGCUGAUGCCCGGCGCCUGUGCAGGGCUGAGGAUGUUGUCGUGACUUCCUGUUGCAGACUUCCUGUUGGAAGAGGGGAAGUCUUUGUGGCAGUUUCACAAGUGAGCUUCACCAAGGAAAAUAACCCACCUCUCUGAGGGGCCAGAUGAAUCAGCGGACAUUUUCAUGGACUUUUAUAUCUGAAGAAAAAGCACUGGGCAGCAGUCUUUGAAUUGUACGGGGAAAACACUGACAGGAAAAAAAAGAAACUAAUGGAAUGACCUUUUUGUAAAUAUUUUGUGAGACAGAAAAUAAAGAAAUGUCAUUUGGAAAGGGUGGGGGAGAAAAGAAAGUUCCAAAUAAAUUGUGAUUUCAAAUCACCUUUCUCAAAA